AUGAGCCCCUUAACCCCCCUGAGCCGCGCAUUCUGGGCGCCCGGGAAGGGCAGGGAACUGGCGGGGAAGUACGAAAAAACGAUCCUGCUGAUCUCGCUGCUAUACAUCCCCGCAGUGUUGGUGUUACAAAGAGUGAUGAAGAAGCGGAAGGAGAUAGAAGCCAAGGCACUGAAGGUAGCAUGGAACGUGUGCCUGUCGAUGUUGUCCCUCAUAGGAGUGCUGCUAAUCCUUACGUAUGACCCCAAUGUGUUAAAGAGUAUAAUCCUAGAGGAGACAGAGUACAGACCAGAAACAAGAGCAGUUAUCACCAUUUUUACACUUACAAAAAUAGUGGAGUAUGGAGAUACAGUAUUUUUAAUUUUAAAAAAAAAAUUAACAUUUUUACACAGUUAUCAUCACUUAAGUGUAGUAAUAUAUUGUUUGUAUUCUCAGAAGGAAUUAGUUUCUCAUGCCCAUUACUUUGUCUUCCUCAACUUAAUUGUCCAUACCAUCAUGUAUUUUUAUUUUGGCUUUAUUUAUAUUGUCCCAAAAAUUCUGUACAAGGUCAGGCAAUUCAUAACAUGCUUACAAAUUAUCCAAAUGUUCAUAGGAAUUUUUAUUUCCUAUUAUGCUAUAAAAAAUGUGGAUAAUCCAAUUUAUGUGAAGAAUGCAAUUGCGAGUUUGGUUUUAUAUCUGACAUAUGCGAUUUUAUUUUUAAAUUUUUAUUUCAAUAAUUAUUGUAAAAAUGUGAAAAGCAGCGUAGCGACAUAUAUGAUCAGUGUACAUAUAUUGGGACUGAUUGGACUGAUAAUGCUUUGUACAAGUAAUGACACGUUGAGAUUAUUUAUUGAAGUUACCAUAGGAUGUGUAUUUACUCUUACGUUACUAAGCUGUUCCUUCCAUUUUAAUACUCAUUAUUGUCACCUGUGGAAAAAUAAAAUAGCAGACACAAAUUUUUUUGAGCAAACUGAUUUACUUAAUACGUAUAAAGACAAGUACUUCUCUAACAUGGCCUUUUUAAAAAAAAUCACUUUACAUAUGAUUAAAACUUGUUUGCUUUGCUUUAACGGUCUUGCAACGUAUGCACAUGAUUCGAUAUUCCUUUUUGUAAAUUUUUACUCGGAGAGGCUUAAGAGGAUUUCUCACGAGUCGGCUGCGCUGGACAAAAGGGGGGACGCACUCACCGCGGGCCGUCCGCAGGGUGGGGUGGGCGGCCUGAUAAGCGGCACGAUGAGUGGCGCGGACCUUUACAACAGAUCGAUAAUCUCCUACAUUAUAUACAAAUCACCUAUCGAAAGUAUAGCCAAAAAUUUUGAGCCCAUUUCGCCUGACCAGUCAGCAAGGAAAUCAAUCCAGCUAACACUUUUUAGCAUGGCCAAGCAGGCGAUACAGAACUACCUGCUCUACAUUGUCUGUUUGAUUCUCCCUAUAUAUUACGGACUGCGAGUGUACAACGACGCGCUGCUGGGUCUGUGCGUACACGGAGCGCUCAGGUGGCUCAUCGAAAUUUACUCUACCAAAAUUUUUAACAAGUCGCACAAGCUGCACGGGCAUUGA